AUGGAAGUGCACAACCGGGGGAUCAAGCCGCCCGGCCAAGGAGGUCAUCGCCCGGGAUUCAAUCCACCCGGCCAAAACGGACCAUCCUUCCAGCAGCAGCAGCCACCACCAACCACGGAUGUCAUCAUUGUCCAGCUCCUCCAGCAGCUGCAGCAGCAGCAAACAAUCACCAACCAACUCCUCCAGCAGCAGCGGGAAUCGGCAAACCAGCAUCAAGGCCUCCUCCAGCAGCAGGAGUCAAUUUUUCGCGAGGCCAUGUCCACCAUCAAAGUGAGUGUACCACCCAAUCCGGAAGCGAUUCUGGAUUCGCUAGCAGGGAACAUCCGAGAGUUCCAGUAUGACCCCGAAAGUCAAACGACUUUUGCUGUCUGGUUUGCCCGAUACGAGGAUCUUUUUGCGAAGGAUGCAGAGCGGCUGGAUGAUGCAGCAAAAGUGCGGUUGCUGUUGCGACGUCUUGGCAGUAAUGAGCACUACAGGUAUGUCAGCUACAUUUUACCUAGUGCUCCGAAAGAUUUCACGUUCGACAGCACUGUGGCCAAACUAAAAGUGCUUUUCGGAAGCAAGGAGUCGGCCGUGAAAAAGCGGUUUUCGACCCUCAACGUUACCAAGACGUCCACCGAAGAUUUCGUGACGUUUGGCUGCCGUGUAAACAAAAUGUGCGUCGAGUUCGAGCUUACCAAGCUAACAGAAGAGCAUUUUAAAUGCUUAAUUUUCGUCUGCGGCCUAAAGUCGGAAUGCGACUCAGAAAUCAGAACCAGGCUCCUGACGAAAAUCGAACACGACGAUGACGUCACGCUCGAAUCAUUGAUGACCGAAUGUCAACGGUUGAUCAAUCUGAAAAGUGAUGCAGCAAUGAUUGAAGCCUCGCCAAGCCAAGUUCAAGCCAUCAAAGGUAAACAAAACUUCCGGAAGCAGUUCCACAAAGCUUUUCCAAAACGAGAGCAGCAACAAAACAGCAACAACCGCAAGAAGGGACCCGCUACACCGUGCUGGAACUGUGGUGCGAUGCACUUUUCAAACCAAUGCAGUUUCCGCAACCACCAGUGUUCCGAUUGCAAGCAACGAGGCCACAAAGAGGGCUAUUGCCCCAGCUCAAGGCGUUCAUCGAGUGGCCCGAAUCCAAGAGGGAGGAAGUUCUCCACUAACACCAUCACCCUAGCCAUCAACUCGGUGGAAAGCAAACGUCGUUUUGUGUGGGUGGAGAUCAACAAGCAUCCAGUCAAGCUGCAACUGGAUACCGCAUCGGACAUCACCAUCGUAUCGAACAAAACCUGGGAACGGAUUGGCAAACCUGCUGCUCUUCCUGUUACUCAAAGUGCCAAGUCCGCUUCCGGUCAACAAGUUCCCCUCCAGUUCGAGUUCGACUGCAGCAUCAGCAUCAACGGAACAGCACACACCAGCCGUGUGUUUGUUUGCUCUGGUUCGCUCAACCUAAUGGGUAUCGACGUCAUCGACAAAUUCAAGCUCUGGUCCGUGCCCAUCGACAACUUCUGCAGCCAUGUAAGUAGCAUCCAAACCAAUACUAAUUCCCUUCAGAAAGCAUUUCCGAAACUGUUUAGUUCGACGUUGGGAAAAUGCACGAAAACGGUGGUGAAAUUCGAGCUGAAAGAAAACGUGCAGCCAGUGUUUCGUCCAAAGCGACCGGUCUCGUAUGUUAUGCUAGCAAUUGUGGACCAAGAGCUCGACCGAUUACAAAAGCUGAACAUCAUCUCGCCGGUCGAUUACUCGGAGUGGGCCGCUCCGAUCGUCGUCGUCCGCAAGGCUAAUGGCACCAUUAGAAUUUGCGGAGAUUAUUCAACCGGAUUGAACGACCGACUUCAGUCACAUCAAUACCCUCUGCCGGUUCCGCAAGACAUCUUCUCCAAGCUCGCAGGGUGCACCAUUUUCAGUCAAAUUGACUUGACUGAUGCUUUUCUGCAGAUAGAGGUCGACGACAGUUGCAAACACCUUCUCACCAUCAACACCCACCGCGGUUUGUACCAAUAUAACCGCCUUUCUCCGGGAGUAAAAGCAGCGCCAGGGGCCUUCCAACAAUUGAUCGACACGUUGUUGGCUGGUCUCCCCGGAACUUCCGGAUAUUUCGACGACUUAGUUGUGGGUGGCCGGAACGAAAUAGAACAUCAGCAGCAUCUUUUCCAAACACUCCUGCGGCUGCAAGAGUUUGGUUUCACCAUCCGUCCGGAAAAAUGUUCUUUUGGGCAGAAGCAAAUCCGUUAUUUGGGUCACAUCCUGGACAGCCAAGGCCUUCGACCAGACCCAGCCAAAAUUGAAGCCAUCAAGAACCUGCCAGCACCCAAGGACAUCUCCGGCGUUCGGUCCUUCUUAGGGGCCAUUAACUUCUACGGGAAAUUUGUGCCGAAUAUGCGGGACCUACGGUAUCCUUUGGAUGAGCUACUCAAAGCAAACAACUCAUUCAACUGGAACAAAUCCUGCCAGCAGUCUUUUACAAAAUUCAAGGAGAUCUUGUCGUCUGAUCUUCUGCUAACCCAUUAUGACCCGCAAAAAGAAAUCGUCGUUUCGGCAGAUGCAUCAUCGAUUGGUAUUGGUGCAACCAUUUGCCAUAAGUUUCCCGAUGGAAGGUUAAAGGUCGUGCAACAUGCUUCCCGAGCUCUCACGGCCACUGAGCAGCGCUAUUCCCAACCAGACCGAGAAGGACUUGCGAUCGUCUAUGCCGUCACCAAAUUUCACAAGUUCCUUUUCGGCCGGCACUUCCGGCUCCAAACAGACCCCAUGCCCCUUCUACGAAUCUUUGGCAGCAAGAAGGGCAUCCCGAACUACACAGCCAACCGGCUCCAGCGGUGGGCGCUUACACUACUCUCAUACGACUUUGCAAUCGAGUACGUGUCCACGGACAAGUUCGGAAAUGCUGACAUCCUAUCACGACUCAUCAGUCAGCAUGUCAAGCCGGAUGAAGACUUCGUAGUCGCCUGCACCAACGUGGAAGAGGAUCUAAGGUCAGUUAUCACAAGUAAUAUUAAUCACCUACCUCUCAGUUUUAGUAUGGUGCAAAACGCAACACAAACCGAUUCUUCACUGGGUAAGGUGGCCCGCUUUACAAGUUCUGGAUGGCCACGCAAUCGUUCCGAUCUUAAGGAUUGGGAGCUACAAUGUUUCUUCGACCGCCGUGAAAGUCUGACCGUGGUCCAAGGUUGCGUCGUAUUCGGCGAAAGGCUUGUGGUUCCCCAAAUCUACCGCAAACGUUGUCUCGCCCAGCUCCACAAAGGCCACCCGGGCAUUCAGAGGAUGAAAUCCAUUGCCCGAAGCUUCGUUUACUGGCCCGGUAUCGAUCAGCACAUCAUCGACUACGUCAAGGCUUGCCAGCCAUGCGCUUCCGUUGCUCGCACUGCAGAAAAAGCUCCGCCUGUUCCUUGGCCUGCUACACCUGGUCCAUGGUAUCGGGUUCAUAUCGAUUACGCAGGCCCACUCGACGGUGAAUAUUUCCUGGUAGUCGUCGAUGCGCACAGCAAGUGGCCAGAAAUAUUCCCCACGAGAAGCAUAACUUCAGGCGCCACAAUCAACAUUCUGCGCUCACUUUUUGCCAACAAGGGAAUGCCCGAGGUUUUGGUCUCCGAUAACGGCACGCAAUUCACCAGCGCAGAUUUUGGUAAAUUCUGUAGCGAAAAUGGAAUCAAUCACCUUACUACAGCCCCAUUCCAUCCGCAAUCCAACGGCCAAGCCGAAAGAUUUGUGGACAGUUUCAAGAGAGCGACGAAGAAAAUCCAGCAGGGGGAAGGAUCCGUUAAGCAAGCUUUGGAUACCUUUCUGCUUACUUACCGGACAACCCCGAAUGCCAACGUAGGAGGGUAAAUCGCCAGCGGAAGUGAUGUACGGUCGGCCGAUUCGUACAUGCCUGGAUUUACUACGAAUUCCACAACCAAAGCCGAAAGUCGAGAUGGAAGAAUCCAACAAACAACCAAGGUCGUUCGAGCGCAAACAACUAGUCUACGCCAAGGUUUACGCAAACAACAAGUGGACUUGGGAACCAGGAGAGGUGCUAGAGAAAGUCGGGCACGUGAUGUACAAC